CUAUUUUCCACUUUUUUAUAUCUUAAUUAUAUUUUUAAGCAGAAUGUUAUACAAAAACAUCGACAAUCUGUACAACACGGUAUUGUAACGUCGUCGGACACAUCAAAUAACCGUUUAGUCGCCUGUUAUUGUCCCUACAAUUUAGCUUUGCGCGCGGGCCUACUGAAGCCUCGGGGUUUCCUGAGCGGUCAUAACAGGAGAAGUCACAUAGGAGCGGGCGCGAGCGCGGCGUGUGACUGGUAGAGGUUUACGUGUUGCCCACAUUUGUCAUAGUUCACAUUUGUAAACAAAGCUUUCGUUUUAAAGCUGUAAAUAAGUGACUGAAUAAAUGCAUGUACGUAUACCCGUUUUAUUAAUUGUGUAAACAUACAAAAUACAGUGUACAGCUUACAUUGUUUUGUUGUUAUAAGUCAUUCUUACUGUUUUUGACGUUUUGAAACAUUUAGUAUCCAAGAUUCUUUAAGAUUUGCGUGCUUCCAGACGAUCAAGUUCAGGCAAACAAUACCAUCACACGUAACACAGCGAUAUUUAACGUAACACGUCGAUCAACAUUUGCAUGUCAAGUUACCUCUGGGGGAAAUGGCAUUUCUUGAUCUAAGUUAUACGAAGCUAUUUUGAAUAAAAGUAUUCCCAUGGAUAAGAGAUGAGUUUUGAAGUACAUCUGUCUUGAGAGAAAUACAUUUUAUUUGUGUGUGUACUGUUUGCCGAGCGGGUUAGUUUGUAAAUAUCAAAAUAAACAGCCGUAGUCCAGAGACUUUCACAUGAAGCACAUCCAUCCGUAGUAUUUGUAAUGAUGACUUGCACUUUUGCUCUUUUUAGUUUUGAUUUAUGUGGUUUGGCCGAUAAUAAUCCACGCGCGUCAUCGCUUUGGUCCAAACACUCCGUUAUUUCACCUGUUACUGGGCUGAUAAGCCCGAAAUCCACGUGCUUAGCUAGCAACUGGGGCGGUUGUAGUGAGACGGGGCAAGUCCGGGCAUGUUCGCGAAGAGACGGAACCUCAUCCACCACUAGGGCGUCUGAAGCCAGUCAUGCUUUGACUUGUCAUGCCCGUACCCGCCCAGGACAAGACGAUCGCGGCUGUGGAUUCUAGCCCCGACAUGUCUCACAGAGUCUAUUUAAACUAUAGACCGGCUCUCAACCGUCUCCCACUCCUCACUUACCCCGAGCUCGAGCACUUUAUGUACAGCUACAGAGUAUUUAUGAAGGACUAGAAUAGCCAAUUUACCUCUAUUUGCACAGGUAUAUUUUUAGCAAUAUGGCAACAGAAAGUUGUUUAAGCAGUUCUCAGAUCAACAAGGUUGACAAUGAAAAACUGGUGAGACCUAAAGUGCAAUUGAAAAGCCUGUUAGAGGACGCCGGUGCAGACAAGGACGUUUUCACCAUGAAGGAGGUUAUGUUUUAUUUGGGAAAGUACAUCAUGAGCAAAGAGUUGUUUGACAAGCAGCAGCAGCACAUAGUUCACUGUGGAGAGGAUGCUCUUGGUGCUGUCCUGGGGGUGAAAAGCUUCUCGGUCAAAGAGCCCCGUGCUCUCUUUGCAAUGAUCAGCAGAAACCUUGUGACAGUGAAGAACCCAGAGAUUCAGUCUAGCUUCUCAGAACCUAGGAGUCGAAGUGAACCCGACCGAGGGCCUGGGGACACAGAUCCAGAGUCUCGUUCAUCUACCUCACAACAGCAGCGCAGGAGGAGGAGGAGCAGUGAUCCAGCAGAGGCUUCCUCCGUAGAAGAUGAGCCCAGAGAACGCAGGAAGAGGCACAAGUCAGACAGCAUCUCACUGACGUUUGAUGAAAGCCUGUCAUGGUGCGUGAUCGGCGGUCUGCGCAGAGAGAGGGGGAACAGCGAGUCUUCAGAGACACACAGCAACACUGAUGUAGGUAUCUCUCACAGUGAUGACAGUGAUGGGAGUGAAGAUUCAGACUCUGAUUCUGAUAACUUUAGCGUGGAGUUUGAAGUGGAGUCCAUUGACUCUGAUGACUACAGUGAGAAGGAUGAGGAUUCAGUACCAGGAGACGAUGAGGUGUAUGAAGUCACAAUCUUCGCAGAGAAUGAAGAUUCGUUUGAUGAGGAUACUGAGAUAACUGAGGCAGACUACUGGAAGUGUGCUAAAUGUGGCAACCUCAACCCUCCUCUUCCUCGACACUGCAAAAGCUGCUGGAAGGUCCGACCCGGCUGGCUUCCCUCAAAACCCUCCAGCCCUCUCUCAGAAACAGACGAAGGGGUGGACAUGCCCGAUGGCAAGUGCUCGCAUUCUUCCACCGUGGCCAAAGACGAAGCUCCUCCUGCCUGUGGCUCCAUGACUGAUUCUCAACCCACUUCAUCACAGCCCUCUACCUCUACAGGAGGCUGCAGCCAGGAAGAAACCCCUGAGCUGGAGCGUUUUAACAGCCUGGAUGCAUGCCUGCCCUCCACUUUCCUAGAACCCUGCGUCAUCUGUCAGAGUCGCCCUAAGAAUGGCUGCAUAGUCCACGGAAGGACUGGACACCUCAUGGCAUGCUACACAUGUGCCAAAAAAUUAAAAAAUCGCAACAAGCUGUGUCCGGUGUGCCGAGAGCCGAUCCAGUCAGUUGUGUUGACAUUCGUGAGCUGAGUCUUAGAUAUACCUCACCACACAUUAAAGUGUAUUUAAGUUCUAUAUAAAUUCUUUGCAUCGUGAGGUAAUUGUAAUGUUUAUCUUGUUAAUCAAAGAGUUUAAUUUAUAAUUAUAUGACAAGCGAGGGGUUUCACCCUCACUGGGUAAAGAAUUCACAUAUAUAGCUUGACACCUUGGUAAAUUUGUUUUCCCUGUAAAUUUGUUUUCUUUGAGGCCUAAUAAAUAAUUAUUUUGACACCG